AUGGGCUGUUCGUUUUCGGGAUUGAACGCGCUUUACGACGCCGUGAACGGCGGAGGCGACGUGUGGAUCAAUGAAAAUCGGUUCAGGGUCGUGAGGCAGCUCGGCGAAGGAGGCUUCGCAUUCGUCUUUUUGGUGAAAGAGAUUGUCGCCGACGCUCCCUCUGCCGCAUCCGGUGGCGGUCUGGCGAAGAAAGUCAAGGAUCCAGCUCAUCUCUCCGCUGAUGGAACUUACGCUAUGAAGAAAGUUUUGAUUCAGAACAAGGAGCAACUGGAAUUGGUGCGGGAGGAGAUCCGAGUUUCAUCGUUGUUCAAUCACCCUAAUUUGCUUCCACUCCUUGAUCAUGCCAUUAUUUCUGUUAAGGAUGGCCAAGAGGGAGCCUGGAAACACGAGGCCUUCUUGCUGUUUCCUGUCCACUUGGAUGGGACCUUGCUAGAUAAUGCCACAUCGAUGAAGGCCAAAAAGGAAGCAUUCUCAACAACUGAUGUUUUGCAUAUAUUCCGUCAGCUUUGUGAUGGACUCAAACACAUGCACUCUCUGGAGCCACCAUAUGCUCACAACGAUGUCAAACCUGGAAAUGUGCUUUUAACACGUAGAAAAGGACAGCCUCCUCUUGCGAUAUUGAUGGACUUUGGGAGUGCUCGUCCAUCACGGAAGCAAAUUCGCUCCCGUCAAGAGGCCUUACAGUUGCAGGAAUGGACAUCUGAACAUUGUUCAGCACCUUUUCGAGCUCCCGAGCUCUGGGAUUGCCCAAGCCAUGCAGAUAUCGAUGAGAGAACCGAUAUAUGGUCACUAGGCUGCACAUUAUACGCAAUAAUGUAUGGAGUGUCUCCGUUCGAAUAUGCGCUUGGAGAAUCCGGUGGAAGUCUUCAGCUCGCAAUCGUGAACGCUCAGAUCAAAUGGCCAAACGCUGGACCGAAGGCUUCUUACCCUGAAGCUCUUCACCAAUUCGUGACUUGGAUGCUGCAACCACAGGCUGCGGUGCGACCGCGCAUUGACGAUAUCAUCAUCCACGUCGACAAAUUGAUCGCUAAAUUCACCAAAUGA